UCAGAGGAGAACCUGCAAUAGAAAAAAAAAAAAAAAAGGGAUUCGGCAGAAGAAAUCUCACGCUUUGGCACCCAGCGACUCCUCAAGGAGCAGAGCCGGAGUUUGUGCACGAUCUUUGGCGCUCGCGCCCGUGCAUUUGACCGAUGACUGGAUUGUGAACGCGGAGCUUGCGCUUGUGUUUAGUUGUUUAUUGUUUGUUUAUAUCAAGCAGUGAGCUCAGGAGAGCAGCACAGAAGUUUCCACUCCUCUAACUACAGGAAUGUCCCAGAAGGAGAGACCGACUUUCUAUCGACAGGAGCUCAAUAAGACCAUAUGGGAGGUGCCGGAGCGCUACCAGAACCUGUCCCCUGUGGGCUCCGGAGCUUACGGAACCGUGUGCUCCGCGUUGGACACAAAGUCAGGCAUGAGGGUCGCCGUCAAGAAGCUGUCCCGGCCGUUCCAGUCCAUGAUCCACGCCAAGCGCACAUACAGAGAACUGCGGCUCCUCAAACACAUGAAACACGAGAAUGUAAUUGGUCUACUAGAUGCUUUCUCGCCCGCUACCUGUCUAGCAGGAUUCAAUGACGUGUAUCUGGUGACCCACCUCAUGGGAGCAGACCUCAAUAAUAUCGUCAAGUGCCAGAAGCUGACAGAUGAUCACGUCCAGUUCCUCAUUUAUCAGAUCCUGCGAGGCCUGAAGUAUAUUCACUCAGCAGACAUCAUCCACAGAGAUCUUAAACCCGGUAACUUGGCUGUAAACGAAGACUGUGAACUUAAGAUUCUGGACUUUGGGCUGGCCCGGCUGACUGAUGAUGAAAUGACGGGAUACGUUGCCACCCGAUGGUACCGUGCCCCAGAGAUCAUGCUCAACUGGAUGCACUACAACAUGACAGUGGACAUCUGGUCGGUGGGCUGCAUAAUGGCUGAGCUCCUCACAGGACGGACCCUGUUUCCCGGCACUGAUCAUAUUGAUCAGUUGAAGCUUAUCUUGAUGCUCGUCGGACCCCCAGAGCCAGAGCUCUUGAUGAAAAUCUCUUCAGAGUCUGCCAGGAACUACAUCAAUUCUCUUCCUUAUAUGCCCAAGAGGAACUUCGCAGAUGUGUUUGUUGGUGCAAACCCAAUGGCUGUGGACCUGCUGGAGAAGAUGCUGGUUCUGGACACAGAUAAACGGAUAACCGCGUCGCAGGCUCUCGCGCACCCGUACUUCUCCCAGUACCACGACCCGGACGACGAGCCCGAGGCAGAGCCCUACGACCAGAGCUUCGAGAGCCGCGACCUGGACAUCGAAGAGUGGAAACGGCUCACGUAUGAAGAGGUGAUCAGCUUCGAGCCUCCCGUGUUCGACGGAGACGAGAUGGAGUCGUGAAGGCCGCUCCACCUCCAGGACCUUCAUCCAGACAGGAAAAGGACAUUCAAGUGCCUGCCAUCAUCCAGUGCUGGCUUCCUCGUGAUCUGAGACCGUUCAUCCAUGCCUUCAUACACACUCUGUCAAAUAAGGGGGAAGAAAAAACAUGCAAACUUUUAAAACAGGACAGAGAGAAUGGUAGGCUUUGAGUCCUGUAGGUUAAAGCUCACAUAAUGUCUUCAUUUACUUGCCUCGUGUUUUUCUAAACCUGUGUGAGUUUCUUUCAUCUGUUGAAUACAACAGAAGAUAUUUUGAAGAAUGUUGUUAACCAAACAGUUUCCGGUAGCCAUUGACCUUCAUAGUAUUAUUGGAAGUCAAUGGCUAUUGGCAACUGUUUAGUCACUCAUACAUGAUUGGAACGACUUUUAGGGUGAGAAAAUGACAACAUUUUCAAAUUUUGGGGUAACUAUCCCUUUAACGACUUUCUUGGACAGAACACACACACACACACACACACACACAAAAAACAAUCAGUCAAAUUCAAAAGUGCAUUUUAAUCUCAAAGUUUCAUAUUCUUUCUUUGGGGAAGCAAGAAAAUUAUCUCCGGACUCCGCUUGUAGCCUACACAGUAGAUAAAGGCCAGAAAAACUCAAGUACUGUCAGAAUACUAAGUUUUAGAUAUGUAAAUAAAAUGGCACUGCUGUACAUAAAUGACAACCAACAGUUCUCUUCAGUGUUUGCAGCCACGCGUCACAGAAUGUGAUCUGCAUUAUAAAUAACAAACGAACGAGCUCAAGAGUGAAAGCUGUCUGCUAAAGAGAACGAAACUGUUAUUUAGUGCUCCGUGUAGAAUGUAAACGGAAGAGUAAAUCUAGACGUAGUGUUCUUCUGUCGGUCUCUGACAAUAAUAGAUCACACCGACACAAUUCAUGCUCUUUACAUGAAUGAAUGCAGAUAUGCUUGUUCUGAAAAUUUAUUGGGAAAUAUAAAAAAAAAGAAAUAUGUGGUGGGUCAGUGCUAAAGUGAGAAUAUAAAAUUACUCACAACUUUUUUACAUAUAAAAUAUUACGGGUGAAUCUCACGAAACCUCUCCAGAACAUGGCCAGAUCAUAGUCAACUACAAAAUCAGAAGAAAAUUGUAUUUUAAAUAUAGAGAAAAAUGUUUUGCAUAAAGUUAAUAAUUAUGUUUUAACAAUCACUAAUUGUUUUUUACAUUAUUAUUUAUAUAUUAAUGAUUUGUUCCGUACUAACAUACAUUACCAUAAUGCAGAAAAAUGAAAACAAUUCUCAUUUCUGUAUAUUUGUUGUACGUUUUUUUUUUUUUUUUUUAUAUAUAUAUAUAUAUUGAUCUGAAUUUAAAAAUUGUAAAUAUAAUCAAGUCAAAAUGUCAAGGUAGAUAGGCUAACUUUUCUUACUUUUUACUAUCUGUAAAAAUAUUUUCGUUGUAUUUCUGAGUUUGUGGUGAAAUGCGGUUUGGACAUGUUUUUGACUGGUUUUUGUGUGAUUGACUCUUGUUAGCUGCCUGAUUUUCUGCCAGUUCUUCAAACGCUUGCUGUUCUCUUCACUUGUUGAAGGAACUGAUGCUUUAGCUACACUAGAGCAUAGUUUCUCCCCUCUUUAAUGUAUUAUUUAUGUAAAUUGGGAGAAAUUGGUUUAAAAUAGGGAUCUAGUUGAUUAACAGAACAGCUCCACGAGUGAGACAGUUGCAUUAUGGUCCACAAUAAAAUAUAGUUCCCCUUUAUUUUUGCUUGCACUGGGAAAGAUGUUCAGCCAGACAGUUCAUGUUUGCAAAAGUGAAAGAACCUGAGCCAAUAUUCAGCUUUUCUGUUCAUCACGAUGAUCUUAAUCUAACAGCCCAGACAGAAGAAUGACUUGUCAGAUAUGUGUUUUCUCAAGCACAGCCGGGCGUCUAACUUAUUGUAUCAGUUGUUAAGGAUUAUUUUUAAAGUGUUUUCUUUUUCACUGUAUAUCAUCACUUGAUUUUAUGCAGCAAUAAAAUGAUUUUCUGUGUUUAGCAUGUA